UGGAGUCGUUAUCUUGUGUGUCAGCCGGCAGCCAUGUGUCUGUCAACGUGUGGCUUCACUGUGCAUAAUCUUGCUACUCGCCGUGUGUGGAGGACACGUGCCAGGAGGAGAGAACAAUAAACAAAAGCCAAGAGACAAAGAUUGUUUUACUGCGGGGUCUGAGAGCUUGAGGACCUCACUGUGUCAGCAGUCCUCUGACCGGCAGGCUUGUUCUGCACUAUACACUCACAGGUCAAAGGUCAAAGUACAAGUCGUGCCAUCACCCAUCAAACCUCUCUGUACAGACUUGCAUAAAGUAUUGUUGUGUUCAAGUGGUGCUACAGGUAGACGAUUGUGCAAGCUGACAAGAAUGGCCGUGCCCCCGGGGCUGAUAGUAAGGAAAGACAAGUUCGGCAACGACAUCUGGCUGGGAGAUGGAGGAGAGGUGAUCUUCGCCCCGGUGGACUGCAUCCCUGAUUAUCGAAAGCAUCUUCAGCACAUCCGGGACAUGCAACUGCGUGCUGACGAUGUCUUGAUCGUUGGCUACCCUAAAUCAGGCAACAACUGGCUGCACCACAUGGUUUCCAUGCUGAUAGAGGGCACCACGCAUCUGCCUCCUCUGUUCGGAGAUAGUAACUUCCCUUUUCUGGACAUUUGCGGCGCAGGAAGGGAGUUAGCUGCGCCUGACAAAGGGCGAGCACUGAUGAGCCACCUCGCCUUCCGGUACCUGCCGAGGGACGUGGAGGACAAGCGAGUGAAAAUCAUCUACCUUGUGAGAAACCCCAAGGAUGCCAUGGUGUCUCUGUACCACCACGUAGGAAGCACUCUUCCCCCAAUUCGCUAUGAAGGAUCGUGGGAUCAGUUCUUGACCACUGUGCUGGAACAAGGAUACUGGUACGGAAGCAUUUUUGAGCACAGGAAGGAGUGGCAGAGAACAAUAGAGGAGCAUCCUGACCAUCCUAUUUUUCUUGUUCACUACGAAAAUUUGAAAAAGGAUACCGUCAAGCAGCUGAAGGAACUGGAUACGUUUCUGGGAACCAAUCGCAGCACGGAGUUCUGCCAGGCAGUGGCAGCUACCUGCAUCCUCAGCAACAUGGAGAACACUCGAGUGCUCCACAACGACGUCAUCAGCCGCAACACCUUCUGCUGGAAUGAAAACAGGAAGUUUUACAGAAAAGGUGAAGUUGGUGACUGGAAAAACUAUUUCACCGUGGCACAGAACGAGAAGUUUGAUGAAGUGUGUGGCAAGAAACUGGCCGACUGUGGACAACUCUUCAUCUUUGAAUAACAGAACACAUGGAAGACAACACAUCAAUAGUUUACUGGCUUUUACGAGUCGGACAUCGAACUACUCACCUUAAAGUUACCACCUGUAGCUCGGACGGUGAGCUUUGGUGUUUACAGUUCACAGUUGUCCCUCCUGCUGGAGCCAAGACUGUGAGGCAGACACCUGCCAUUGCGAGACAGAGAUUUAUAUGUCUACAGUAUACUUUAUCAUCUCAGUCAGGACUGUAACAAUGUUCACUACAAUCCAUGUCAAUUAAUUGUUAGUCAAAGUUGAUGCUUGCAGUCUUUGUAUCUAUGUUCAUUUGGUAUACUUAUAUUUAUUCAGUGGUUAUUAUCUGUAACAUUAGUAAAUGAUGAUUACGUCAUUGUCUGAGUGCGCAUGUCAACAUCCGGUUUUCUUUAUUUCGUGAGAGAGAGAGAUAGCAA